UAAAGUCAAGAAUAACAAUAAAAACCACAACGACGACAGACAAAUUAGUUAUGGACUUCGUUACAAAGAGUUGACAAAGCAAUAACCAAAGCCUAUAACGGAACGGAUAUCCCUCUAGAAAAUCCAUCCCUCUCUAUCUCGUCUCUCAUCGUCAAUCCCAUUGUCCUGAAAGUCCCGCCCUCCCUCUCGAGAAUAACACCCGUUUGAGGCAUCCCUUUCCCGGCAUCCCGUCCUGAGACGAGAACGGGGGAACUGAGUCAGCGGUACAUUUCCUCUAUCAUUCCCUGUGUGGAUUGAUCUUCAUCUGUAUGUGGAUUGAUCGUCUCUACAUUUGUGGGAUUAUUACAUGCGCUAAACUCAUACGGACGCCCCGUUUCCACAAGCCUACUCAGACUAUAUGACCUGCUUAUGAGAUCUCCUCGGAUGCCCCAUGUCUUACCGGGUCUCCUCCAUGAGUGUUCUUCCUCCCGUCCGAAAGGACCGGAUCAUCGCUGAGCUACCCAAGUGUUACAGUAAAGACGCUGCUCUGCACACCAAGGAUGAGUUCACCAAGAAAGUGAGGACGGCAUGUCAGGAGCAACGCACCGGGACUGUGGGGUUUAAGAUAUCCAAGGUGAUUGUGGUUGGUGAUCUGGCAGUGGGAAAAACCUGUCUUAUUAACAGGUUCUGCAAGGAUGCCUUCGACAAGAACUACAAGGCCACCAUUGGCGUUGACUUUGAGAUGGAGCGAUUUGAGGUGCUGGGGGUGCCAUUCAGUCUGCAGUUGUGGGACACUGCAGGACAGGAGAGGUUUAAGUGCAUUGCUUCCACGUACUACAGAGGGGCGCAAACUGUGAUUAUUGUUUUCGAUGUAAAUGACGUGGCCAGCUUGAGCCACACAAAGCAGUGGCUUAUUGACGCCAUGAAAGAAAACGAUCCCACAAACAUUCAGAUUUUCCUGGUCGGAACCAAGAAAGAUCUAAGUUCUCCUGCGCAGUACGCUCUGAUUGAGAAGGAUGCCAUUAAAGUAUCCCAGGAGAUGAAGGCCGAGUACUGGGCCCUCUCCUCCCUGACCGGGGAAAACGUGAAGGAGUUUUUCUUCCGCGUGGCUACUUUGGCUUUCGAGGCGAACCUCCUCGCUGAGCUGGAGAAAAGCGGGACGAGGCAAAUCGCUGAUAUCGUCAAAAUCAACAGCAAUUCAAACAAUCUCAACGCAUCGUCCAAGAAGAAACAGCCAAAUUGUUGUCAGUAAGCCUGGAAGCACGACUGUUAACUAAAGGAAUUAAAGGGGAGACUUCCUCUUUGGCCAGCACUUCAUGGGAUGUGUAGAAGUGGACCAGGAGAAAGCAACACAGUGUUUUUUAACAGACUUGGGAUAUGUUUUCCAAUAAUUGGAAGUGGAUAUAUGUGUUUGGUAAUUUCCACUUGACAAACUAGUCUUUUAUUCCUCUAUUUCGGUACGACCAAAGUGCAAUAUUAAAAACAUCUAGAUGUAGUAAAUUAAUAUGUGUUCGGUUUUAUAUAAUCAGUUAUGCAAUCAAUUGUCAGUGUAAUUUGGAUAUUUGCUACGUCUAAUAUCUUUCAGUCAACACGUUUGGUUGUUUUCAAAAAUAUAUAUAAUGCCUCAGUACAGGCCUAUUGGAGGUUCAUAUCAGUGGGCAUUUGAAUCCGUUUGCUGUAAAUUCAUCAGUUUAAUUUUGUAUUGAAUGGUGUGUGGCCAGUGGAAUAUUUGCAAUAAUUAAACCAAUUUCUUAUCUUUUAUAGAUUUUCUCACUUGCUUAUUAAAAUAUAUAGUUGCAUUCAAAUUAUAUUCUCAGUGGAGUAACAAUAGCUUCAAACUCCUAGAUGGGCCUUAGAAUAUAUUUCUAAAUGUGUGUAUUUUUUUGUACGUUUUCCAUUGCAAUAAAAAAAAUGAUAUUA